AUGCUCCGUUCACGGUUUCACUCUACCGCAUUCCUUGAAAACACUACAGAUUGUGAGCAGAAUGUGAACGAACAGCCACCCAAUCGCCGCUAUACUAUCGAUUUGGCCCCAUCUGAAUGCGAUGAGGAGGAAAAAUCUUUUAUUGCAGAUUUGGAACAAGACAAUAUGAAGGUUGGAAUUGGUGGUGACAACUCGAUUCUACAGGAGCUCGGUGAUGAUCAGUGGCACGGGGUUGAACGAGAUCGAUCUUGGUCUGUUGUCAACCUAAAGGAACAGUUCAUAUCUUUCUUCCAACCAUCAAACAAUCGACUGGCAUUGAAGCUAUUUGGAAACAAAGUUGCUUUGGCUUGUGAAAGACGACGUCAGAGAGAACAGGGUAAAUGGGUAAUUCAUCCGUGCAGUAAUUUUCGUCUGUACUGGAAUCUCAUUAUGUUGGUACUGCUGAUUGCAAACCUGAUCAUGCUUCCGGUGAUAAUCUCGUUUUUCAAUGAUGAUGUCUCAGGCCGAUGGAUUGCUUUCAACGGAAUUUCCGAUACCGUGUUCUUUUUGGACAUAAUCGUGAAUUUUCGUACAGGUCAGUGA